UUUGUAGGUUUUCACGUCGCUGAUUCGUUCGUGCGGGAAAAUAUACCACGCGAGACAAACAAACAUGCACAACAAUCAAUCAAGGUAUCAAGCCUUUUUUUGACUUACACUCAUUAAUAAGAGAGCUGCCUAAAUUGUUCCAUUCUGGAUAUAUUUGAAAUUCACUAAAAUACUUUCAGGCAUCAGGAUGGAAAAUUCAACCAGAAAACGUACCAAGGAUGAUUCACCGACAGCCGAAGACGGUAAACCUGCUACAAAUAUCACCGACUCUAGGAUGCCGACUGAAAAUCCUCCUUUUACGUUAAAAGAUUUAAAAGAUGCUGUUCCGCCACAUUGCUUCGAACGGUCUCUUCUCACCUCAAUGGCGUAUUUGCUGUUGGAUCUGACAGGCGUUUUUCUCCUGUACGCCUUCGCGUUUUGGGUGUUUAACGCGUCGUUGCCGCUUUACGUGCACGCCGUUUUCUGGCCUCUGUAUUGGAUUUGUCAAGGUUGUGUUGGUUUCAGCGUGUGGAUAAUUGCACAUGAAUGUGGCCACUACUCUUUCUGUAACAGCAAGCGCCUCUGUGAUAUCAUCGGUUUGGUCUUACACACUACGCUGUUUGUGCCUUAUCAUUCAUGGCAAAUUACACACGCCAAACACCACCGAAACACUAACCGAAUGGACGGCGAUCAAGCGUUUGUCCCGAACACUAGAAGCCUUCUCAAGUCGGAAAACGAUUUAGAAUUUCCAAAUAUUUUCUUCAGGAUUCUUCACCUCGUUAAAUACUUAUCAAUCGGUUGGCCGGCAUAUUUGUUCUUCAACGCACGAGGCAGGCCUUACAAGGAGCACCGAUUGCGACCGAAUCAUUUUAACCCGUAUGCUCCGAUUUUCUCGCCCAAUGAUUUCUGGGAUGUGAUUUUAAGCGAUGUUGCAUUGCUGGUGUGGAUUGGCGUCCUAUACUAUCUCAGCGCCAACGUCUACUCAUUUGCUUGGUUGGUGUUCCUGUACGUGAUUCCGCUGUGUAACGUCAAUAUGUGGUUGGUAAUAGUUACUUAUCUGCAGCACUCAGAUGUCAAAGUACCGCACUACGCUGACGAAGAAUGGACCUGGCUUAAAGGGGCUCUGUGCACUAUCGAUCGAGAUUACGGUGUGCUCAACCAUGUCUUCCAUCACCUUACAGACUGUCAUGUCGCUCAUCAUCUGUUCUCUUACAUGCCUCACUACCACAUCGCCGAGGCCACUGAAGCGAUUAAACCGGUCCUGGGAGAUUACUACAGUUAUGACAACACUCCUUUCUGGAAAGCGCUAUGGAACACUGACAGCUACUGUCGCUUUGUGGAGGACAGUGGAAAAAUUUUGUGGUAUAAAUUCUUACCCGAACAUUGAAAUUACACUAAAACAGUGUCAAAAUAUGCGAGAGAUUUUUAAUGGUCUGAAAUGAAAAUUUUGUUGUACAUAUUCAGUUUCUUGCAAUUUUUGUCCUGCGACAUAUUUGCCGUCUGAAAAUUGAAUUAAAAUAGUUUAUACUGGGUUAUUCUACAAUUGGCCAAAAAAUGAUAACAAUAAUAAAGAAGUGAUAAUUAAUUCAUGAUAUUAGGCGGCAGCUUAUAAUUAUUAUCGGCUCUGGAUCUUCUUGAUAUAUGAAUGUAAAUAAAUAUAUUAGAUUUCAUGCUCUCUUGAACAAAGCUUUAAAUGCAAUUA